AUGGAGCCAGACACGGAGCGAGCCGUGCCCACCUCGAAAGAGGGGCUCAAACAAAUCGCAGGGAAGGCCCUGGGGAAGCUGCACAGGAGGCUGGAGAAGCGUCAGCAGACAGGUGAGGCCAUCGAGCUGACGGAGGAUGGGAGACCCCGGGAGGACCAGGAGCGGAAGACGCCCCUGUGCGACUGCACGUGUUUCGGGCUGCCGCGCAGGUACAUCAUCGCCAUGCUGAGCGGCCUCGGCUUCUGCAUCUCCUUCGGCAUCCGGUGUAACCUGGGUGUGGCCAUCGUGAGCAUGGUGAACAACCACACCAUCCACGUGAACGGCGAGAUCAUCAUCAAAGAGAAAGCAAAAUUCAACUGGGGCCCAGAGACGGUGGGGAUGAUCCAUGGCUCCUUCUUCUGGGGCUACAUCGUCACUCAGAUUCCAGGAGGGUACAUCUCCUCUAGAUUGGCCGCAAACAGGGUUUUCGGGGCUGCCAUCGUGCUGACGUCCAUCCUGAACAUGCUCAUCCCCUCCGCCGCUCGCCGGCACUAUGGCUUGGUCAUCUUUGUGAGGAUAUUGCAAGGGUUGGUGGAGGGAGUCACUUACCCAGCAUGCCACGGGAUCUGGAGCAAGUGGGCGCCACCUCUGGAGAGAAGUCGUCUGGCAACCAUUUCCUUCUGUGGAUCUUAUGCUGGCGCGGUGAUAGCGAUGCCUAUGGCUGGGAUCAUGGUCCAGUACACGGGGUGGUCCUCUGUCUUCUACGUGUACGGAUGCUUUGGGAUUGUUUGGUACAUGUUCUGGGUCUUGGUGUCCUAUGAGAGUCCAGCUGAGCACCCGACCAUCACCGUCGAGGAGCGGCAAUACAUCGAGGAGAGCAUCGGGGAAGGUUGCCAGCUGAUGGGCGCAAUGGACAAAUAUAAGACCCCCUGGAAGAAGUUUUUCACCUCCAUGCCCGUCUAUGCAAUCAUCGUGGCCAACUUCUGCAGGAGCUGGACGUUCUAUCUGCUCCUCAUCAGCCAGCCUGCAUACUUUGAAGAGGUGUUUGGUUUUGAAAUCAGCAAGGUUGGAGUCGUGUCGGCUCUACCCCACCUGGUCAUGACCAUCAUCGUGCCCUUAGGUGGCCAGUUGGCCGACUAUCUGCGGACCCACAACAUUAUGUCCACCACCACGGUCCGAAAAAUCAUGAACUGUGGAGGCUUCGGGAUGGAGGCCACUUUCUUAUUAGUGGUUGGUUAUUCUCACAGUAAGGGGAUGGCUAUCUCCUUCUUAGUUCUGGCCGUGGGUUUUAGUGGUUUUGCAAUAUCAGGUUUCAAUGUCAACCAUUUAGACAUCGCUCCACGCUAUGCCAGCAUCCUCAUGGGUAUAUCCAACGGUGUGGGAACCCUGUCUGGGAUGGUCUGCCCUCUAAUAGUGGGCGCAAUGACAAAGAACAAGACCAGGGAAGAGUGGCAAUAUGUCUUCCUCAUCGCUGCCUUGGUGCACUAUGGGGGCGUGAUUUUCUAUGGGAUCUUUGCAUCUGGGGAGAAACAGCCAUGGGCCGACCCCGAGGAAACCAGCGACGAGAAGUGCGGCUUCAUCGAGGAGGAUGAACUGGCGGAGGAGACGGGUGACAUCACGCAGAGUUACGGCGCGAUGGGUGGCCCGGCAAAAACCUACGGGGCCACUUCGCAGCUCAACGGAGGUUGGGUGUCGGACUGGGAUAAGACUGAGGAGUAUGUGCAGGAACCGGCAGGAAAGAUAUACGCCGAGCGCGGCUACUCUUAA